AUGCCAGAUAAAGAAGAUCUCAGUGAGUCUGUUUAUUCCGUAAGCGAUGAGGAAGAUGUAGCUAGAAAGUUCCUUCUAAGUUCCGCAGCGGCCGAGUUGAAGGACGAUAAGAGCAUCGAACAGGAAGAUAUUACAGAGAAGACAACUUUCUUUGGGAACCAUGUGUUAGAUAAGAAGGUGUUGAGAAAGCUUGACAUAUUUGUUUUGCCAUUUUUAUGCUGUACGUACCUAUUGAUGUUUUUGGACAAGGCAUUGUUAAAUUAUGCCGCAUCGAUGGGGAUCAAGGACAAUUUGGUUGGUGAUGAGUUUUCUAAUUUGGGUACUAUUUUCUCUGCAUCGUAUAUCUUUGCAGAACCGUUUGCGGUGUAUUUGCUCCAAAGGUUUCCCGUGUCUCGAGUGUUGGGCUCGUUCAUCAUAUGUUGGGGUGUCGUUGUCGUUUGUCAUUGUGUUUGUAAGACAUAUGCAAGUUUGAUGAUUGUACGUGUUCUAUUAGGGUUGUUCGAGUCGUGUAGUGCUGUAGGAUGCAUUACAGUCAACGGUAUGUAUUAUACGAAAUCGGAACAAACGCAAAGAAUUGGUUACUGGGCUGCUCAAGCAGGAACCGGUUAUAUCAUUGGUGGUUUAAUGUCAUUUGGGUUUUUACAUUACCACGGAACUGAAUUUACCUCGUGGCAAAUCAUGUUCCUUGUUGUCGGUUUAGUGACCGUGGGAUUCGGUAUAGUAACCUAUUUCUAUUUACCAGAUAACGUUCCUAAGGCAUGGUUCCUUAACGAGAAGGAGAAAGUCCAAGUCAUUGAACAUAUCAGAUCAAACCAAACUGGUCUUGAAACAAAGAAAAUCAAGAUGCACCAAGUGAAAGAAUUGUUACUCAAGGAUAAAUUGACAUGGCCAAUGUUAUUAUUGACUGGUUGUUCUCAAAUUUCAACUGGAUCCAUUGGAACCUUUUCAGUGACCAUCACAGGUACAUUUGGUUUUGAUAGCUACCAGACAUCCCUUUUGCAACUUCCUAUCGGAUGCGUUACCAUCAUGAUUAUUCUAAUCACAACCCAAUUGAUAGGAAGAUUUUCCCAAUUCACUUUAAUCACGACAUCUAUGUACAUUCCUGCAAUCAUUGGUUGCAUUGUCAUGAUUUGUUUACCGUUAACAAAUAAAAUCGGUAACCUAUUAUCGUUGUACCUAUUAUACAGUGGUUCAUGUACCAUUACGAACAUUUAUAUCUGGAAUACUUGUAACACUUCUGGGUAUACCAAAAGGCUAGCAAGAAACGGGUUAACUAUGAUUGUCUACAAUAUCGCAUGUAUCGUUGCACCACAAAUGUUCCGUGCUUACUCAUACCCAAGAUACAUUCCUGCCAAGAUCGCAUUGCUAGUUACUCAAUGUGUUUGUGUUCCAUUGCAACUGUACAUUGGUUACACUUCUUACACAGAGAACAGAAGAAGAGACAAAGAACAAGCUGAGUCCGAAACUAAACCAGAACAGUAUCAAUUCUUAGAUAAGACAGAUAUUGAGAACAGGAAUUUCAGGUACAUUUAUUGA